AUGUCAUCGCUUCGCCAUCAGCCGGCGACGUCGCCGACCGCCGCCACGUCGUCGCCGAUCGCCCGGAAUGUGUACUCGCGCGGCUCGGUCGACGUCGAGAGCGGCGAAGUUGUGCACAGCCACAAGAGACCCUACACGCCCGGCGCCAGUCCCAGAGGUUCGUUUUUUGUUGAGAGAUCUGCGGCCUAAUUGUGACGAUUUUGCAGAAAUUCUACUAGCACAAUCACAACGACACCUGCCGUCGCCGUCGCAGACUUCACCGCAUGGGUCCAGGUAAGGAAAAUAACUUGUGGCCGAGCUUUUACUUGAAAAUUUUGUCUUUCCGUUCGGAUUCUGCGUCGAUUGUGUAAAAACAUUGAUAAUUUUAGAAUUAGUUGACUCCAAAUUUAAUUUAAAUUCAAUUUUUCAAAUUACGGUCAAAGUUCACGUGAAUAAUCACAAUCUGUCUAAAAAUCCAACCGCCCACCGCAUUGCCCGUUCUCAGCAGAUUCAUGGAGGGAUACCGACGUCGAAUGCGACAGGCGAGCCUCAAUUUGCCGUCGGAGACACUGCUCGACGAGGAUCUCGGCUUCCCGCCCGUCUGCUCGCCGCCGCCCGAAGUGUUUUGCGGUUCGAUCAGCGGAAAUCAGAUGAGGUCGCGGUCCAACUCGGACGCCUACUCCGGAAUGAGGUACGGACGCACAGCAAUCGGGCCAGAGGGAUCGUUUUCGAAUUUUAAGCGUUUUCUGCUGGUUCGGUGACAAUCAUUUUAAAUUCAACAAGCUAUUUUAAGAACAGUGACAUACGCUCCGAACCAGGCGCGUAAUAGUUUUCGAGAAAAAAAUCUUCAAAGUCAGAAUUUUGGUUUGGGGCGCAAACAUUCCGCACAUCAGCUGUGUUAACUUUUUUAGGCCAUUUGAACCGACACAGCUGAACUUAGUGAUACAGUUUCCCUCAAAUCGUGACGAGAAAUGGCUUGUUGUAGAUUUACGCCGCAACGCUUACAGAUGAUUUCUGCCCAUGUCUGAUCCCGCACCUUAUAAAAUUGAAUUUCAGAAUGCAAUCGUCAAACAGUCUGGGCCAGGGCUCGAACGGAAGCGCGGGCGGCGGCGGCCUGCUCGUCUUCUUCCCCACCUCGCCCUCGUCUUCCUCAAAUCACUCGGGCGGUCCGCUGCUCUCGUUCGGCCGUCGCGAGAGUCACACGGACGAGACGGCCGAGGAGGCGAUCGUCUGGUCGACGGCGAACGACGUCAACGACGAGCUGAUGCAGGACGAGGAGAUGUGCAUCGAGGAGAACGAUGUGAGCAUGAAGGACGUCGAAGUGUGCUCGGCAAAGUCGCUGAAGAGACCGCCCGAUUUGAACGGUUUGUUCGGAAAAGUGGAGAUUGAUCGGUCAGCAAAAAAACGGGUUAUAUUGGGGGGAAAAGAAUGUCCUAUCCACUCCAAAUUAAGCUCCCCCCUCCCGUUUUCUUCUCUGUUUUUUGCCCAAUCCAUUUGAUGAUGGGCUCUCUCUCUCUCUUUCUUUUUCUCUCUCGGGAGACCAGCCACUGAGCACUGCUUCUUCUUUCCUUUUCUUGGCCUGAAAAAGUGAGAUGAACUGAGAGCAGGUUCUCACGGGAAACAACACAAAACAGACAAUGUCGUUUAUUGAAGUGAUAUUGUUCGUUUCUUUGCCAUUUCUUCUUCUUCUUCUUCUUCUUCUUCUUCUUCUUCUUCCAUUCUUCUUCUUCCCUUCAAAAUCUCGGAAAUCGAAGCGCCGUCCCAGCUUUUCACUUCUCAUCUCCUCGAUUGGAAAUCCGGCCUCUUCCGCAAUUUUUGCUCGAUUUUUGAGCAUUUCGAGCCUCGGAACGACGUCAUCACCAGAAUUCCAUUCCGCCUACUACUAUUGGCGAUUUAUUAGCUCCGGUCACGCAAUCCGCGUUUUUUUUUCAAGAAGACGCUCAAUUUUGAGAUGAAGAGUGCCUUGAGGCAACAAAAAGCUAGUAAACUUUUAUGGCAUUUUUUCUUCGUGGGCCAUCAAAAUUGUUUGGAAAAAAAUGGAAAAAAUUUGGACGACGUCGUCGUUUUCGACCCAAUAUUGUGGAAAUGUGCGUCCGAUCCAAGUGACCUUAGGUCCUUGUCCAUUCCCGCGACCACGUGAUGUUGGGCAUUCGGAGAGAAGCGCAGAGAAGGAGAGAGAGAGAGAAGAAGAAGAAGAAGAAGAAGAAGAAGAAGAUUGGUGCCGGCUGAUAAAAGAGAAAAAAGUUUGGGUGCAUGUGAGUGCCCAGAUGGCUACUCGCGCCCGCUUAUCACACUUGGACCCUUAUCAUCUCCUUCUUCUUCUUCUUCUUCUUCUUCUUCUUCUUCUUCUUCUUCUCUCUCUCUCUCUCCCUCUCUGUUUGCUGGUUCUUGGUCUUUUGUUCGACGACUCUCCCAGCUGAUAAUAAUUUUUAUUUAUGUUGGUCGUCCUCAAACAGUUUUAAACACGCCAGAAACUGGCCCUUUUUUGUUGUCGCACCCGCCGCGUUUCUCGUUCGAUUUUGUGUUUGCGAGGGCAAUCCGCCUGCCCUGGUUCUAAUCAUUCUUCGUGUCGAUCGACGGGACCGUAAUGUGGUCCCACUUGACCGGGCGGACUAAUCGUCGUAUAUUUUUAGGGAGGACUCCAGAAAAUCUAGAAAGACUCAACGAUUGUUGUGGUGGACACAUGAAAAUUGGCUUUUAGUCGCUUCACUUUUGUGCUAAACGAAUUGACUCUGAAAAUUUUUGUAAAAUCAGGCUGAAACCUGGACCCGAAGUCCGAGAAGUCUGCAAAGUUUGGAUACGAUCGGAUUAUUGCAAGUGGGUCAAAAGUCUUGCUGAAAGUCAUUUUGCACUUUUUGUUUAUCAGAUUUCAGCCGUCUCUCCUAGACUCUUGUCAAUAUCUCAAUUUCCAUAAUAAUUUGCAUAAUUCAUUAGGGAUGCAAUAUAAAGAACGACAGUUUUUGAACAAAAGUGUCACAUUGUGCCGAUCGUUUUCAAAAAUCGACAAAACAUUUACUCGUUUGGAUCAUGUCUGACGUGGAGAAUGACCGAACAUCGAAUGGUCAUCAGUUGAGAUAUAAGUUUGAACUUUUAGUAUCAUCGAAGAAUUGUACGUUUUUUUUUGCCAUUGUUAUCGUCUGGCAGCCAGCAGCUCUCAUUUCCUCCCGGAAACCCCUUGACAUUAGAGCUCUUUGCUAGAGAAGACAAAAAAAAACACUUUUUGGGAGGGGAGUGGCGUCUACAGUAUUAUCGUGAAAAUGGAGAAGUAGGAGGAGGGAGAGAGAGAGAGAGAGAGGACAAAAACAUCCUUCUUCUCUGUCUUUUUGCCUUUUUCUCCUCGUCUUUUGUGAUAAACAAAAAGUGCAAUCGGGCCCAAGUGUUUUUCUGCAAAAUGAGAAGGGGGAGGGGGGCCGAGUCGGAUUCUAGGUCAUGUGCCAGCUGAUUCGAAUUCCAAUUCCAAUUCGAUCACGUCACUUUGGUAGAACCAAGAGUGCUCGAGGCGACGCCCACUUUUGAGAUGAUUUUGUAUUUUGGUUAUGACAAUUCAUGAAUGUUUUGACAGAUUUUCUCUAGAAAUCGAGUUACGGUAUUGAUUAAUAGGUUACGCCACUUACUUCUCGUCCUUUUGAAGCAUUCUCCAAAAAAAUUCCCUGGCCAAACUCGAAUCGUCUUCUGGAAGAGAUAAAUCACGUGCUCGGGCCUGAGGUCCAACAAUUUUUGAUGAUUUGCCACCCGCCGCCGACCAAGAAGCGGAUAAUAUCACAACACGCCUCUCUCUCUCUCUCUCUUCCCCUGUUUCUCCGCACGAACCCGAUGGGACAGCACGUUUUUCCGCGCCGACUUUUGUAAAAUGGGUCAUUGCGGUCUGAAAAAACGACGUGUGAUUUGUAGUUUGACGCCUCCUCGCGUUUUUUCUGGAGAUUUCUGAUUGCACCUGACACGAGAUUGGCCCUUCCGGCUUUUUGCCCAGUUUCCUUCCGGCUCCUAAAUUUCUGCUGACAUUUACUCUUUGAGAGAUGUCUCUAAUCCCGGCGCCUCUAUUGUUGUUAUUGGAUUUGUCCGGAGAUGUAUAUGUCUACUUUUCCUGUUUGCAAUCAUCUCGUUUCAGUCUCUGAGCCUGGAGCAUUUGAGAACAUAUAAGUCCUGAAAAGAUCAGCUCAUCUGGAGAUGUAUCGAUUUGAGGCCUAAAGUGUUUCGGGCCUAAAAUCGAUACAUCUCUAGAACUGAUGAUCCGAUCGGACGGAAACUUUCAAGACCGACACUCCAAAUCAAGACUGAAAGUCACAAUUUUUCUUGUACAGGCUGAAACCUUGCAAAUAUGGCCUAAAGCCUCUAUAGGCCUUGCUCUCAGUAAACCCAGUACAAUAUUGGCUCCUUCGAAUUGAAAAGUGAAGAAGACGACGAUGAUGAUGUUUUGUUUUAUUCGCUCGCAUCUGUUUGUGUUGGAUCCAUCUCCCUCUCUCUCUCUCUCUCUCCCUCUUUCGCUGCCUUUUUUGUUUGAAUCACUCCUUCUCGCCUCCUCCUCCUCAGCGGUCGCUUUGUUUGAUUUUACGAGCCCCCAUUCUCGCUCGCUUUUCUCAGUUUCAGCCUUGUGAGAAUCUGCAUAAUAUUGUUCGUUUCCCAAGGCGAGGACGGUAUAAAAUGAUGGGAAAUGGUAGAAAUGUACAUUCGUAGAGGCCUAAACAGCCUAAACGGAACAGAUUUCGAGAAAUCGGGGACUGUUUUUCAAAUUCUGUAUUCAGGUUGAUACGGACUAAUUUUAAAGUGCAUUUCUGCGGUUUCAGAUUAUUAUUUCGUUCGGAUACCUCUAAGUAAUCACCUGCCUUCUCACUUUCCUCUUUUCUUCAUCUCUCUCCUCCUCUUCCACACUUUUCAAAAGCUGCCCACUUCAGAACCCCUUCCCUCCUCCGUGUUCUUCCGAAAAACCGACAAUAGUGACGGGUAUGGCGACGAGCGUAUGCAGUACGGACGCCGCGAAUCCUCAGCCGCCGCCGCCCGUCGUCUUCCCUCCGAGACCGAUGCCCGAUCCGUUCCACACACCCCGAUCCGCCAACCCCUCGGCACUGAUUGUCCUUUUGGCCGCCCAGCCGUCGGUUGAUCCGGAUGGCGCCGUCCGAGAUAGUCCGAGAAGGAGAUGGUUCAGCCAACGGGGCGAAGGAACCAAGAGUGCGCCGUGCAGUGCGCGUCGCCUCGACAAGUCGCUCUCGUUGGACGGAGAGACGCCGUACUUGCAAAGCCAGCCGAAACGGCAGAGCAUGGAGACGAUCGAGCAGGAGCCGGAGUGCUGCUCGCUCGCCGAAGAUCAUCCGUCGCCGUUGCCGCCGAAGGGAUUGAUUCGCAAGUUUCGGAAGCGCAUUCUCAGCUCGGAUAAGUCGGCGACGCCGGCGGCCAACGGGUUUAAUCAAAGUAUGGCGAACUGAGCAGGGACUCAAACACGCCAUUGGCUCAGUAAUUGCAUGGAGUGCUCGAAAAAACUUUACAUUUGCUGUCAAGUCGCAUUUUCGCCAUUUUUCUCGCCGCUGUCAGGAAAAAUUAACUUUUUUGCGAGUAUUCUAUGCAAUUACUGAACCAAUUACAUGCCGGUUAAAAAAAUGUUCAUUUCAAGGGCGUGACACAAUGGGUGUCAUUUUCACGACCCGUUUUUUAGUGUCACUUUUAAACGCGAGAAAGCUGACCGAUCAAUUUGCGUUAAAAAAUUGAAAUUUGAAUGUGGACGUGUUUAUUUGCAGGCUCAAACAAUGCGGGUUCGUCGCACAACGGCGGUGGUGGAAAUUCGCAAAAUGCGCACCAAGGUAUGAUCCCCCUCUCCGAGCUGACAAGCCAAUCGACAAACAGACGCUUGUAUGUAUGUGUGUGUGUGUGUUACAGCGUCGAACACGUACUCGUCGCCGCGCUCACGUCCGCUCUUCGUCGACACUCAGAUGGCGAACAUGGACUCGUCGCUGAAGCGCCGCAGUCCCGUCUCGCAAGUGGUCGACUUUGUGCGCGGCCGCAACCGGACCUACUCGCUCCAACUCUCGAGCAGUCCCAUGAUGUCGCCGCAGUCCGUCGCCGCGAGGGCCAGCGCCUCGGCCGAUACGCAGCCAAGUAAGAACAAGAGUUUGAAAAAUGCAGUUAACACAUUGUUUCGGUGAAAGCUUUCUCCCUUCAAAUUGACUAGUUACGGUAGCCUUGCAAACCGUCCAAAUUUAUAAAAAUUCAAAUGCGUGACUUUGCAGUAAACUCGCCGGGUCGCCGCCAGACGAUGUCGGGCCGAGUGCACCGCGCGUCGUUCACCGCGAGCGGAGCACUGAAGAGCUUCGACUCGGGACUGGAUCUCUCGUCGCCGACGAUCAACCACACGGCACUGCUCAUCAAGGAGGUACGCCCCCCUCUCUACAUUCUCUUUUUAUUUUCUGUUGCCCAUAAAAAGUCAUGACCGGAUCGGAGAGGCGCCGCCGCCGCCGCCACCGCGUGGCGUGGAUGAUAAUAAUAGUAAUAAUGAUAUGCGACGACCACACACACACACCUGACGACGUGAAGAAUCGAAGAACACGUCAUCGGUCUGUGCGGAGACCAAUUCGGAUCGAGACACGGAAUGCGAAGAAGCUCCCCUGUCACUUUCAGCCAAUUUCAGUCGUCGCAAGACGCGACGUCUAAUUUGUUUGAGGCCAAAGACGGCGAAUCCUAUUUGGCGGUACUAAAUUAG